AAGCCAACAACACGAUGGAACAUCGUUCGUAAGGCGAAGAAUGGUCUAUACUACCUGGAGCAUGCGGAUUUCGAACCCGGAUGUUCAGGAGCCAUCGUCUUCGCCCAAUUUCAGCAGCUAAGCUUGCCACAAAGUCGUGCUGUUGAACAUAAGAUGGCGUCCCUCCUAUACUCUCCUGUUGUGUAUAUCAUAACUGCGAUCAAGGGCCAAGCAUCGACCGACAGCAACGACGUCGAGACUCAGACCCUCAUUCAGGAAGUCUUCCUCAAGAGCCAACGCUACAGCGAAGCCUAUACACUGGCGCUCCGACAUCCAGCUAGACUCAAGGACACACCGAACUUCCUGGUGAAUCGUGCACAGUUUAGUGUGAGCAGGCCUGAUCAGAUGAUACACGCCCUUUUGGUGGUACAGGAGGUCCGACACGCCAAGGUACUUGUUCUGUUUGGAGCACUUGCUCUGUUGUCCCUCAGUGUGGGAUGCAUGGUCGGAUGGGCGACCAGGGAUGCGAACAUGGGCGUAGGUGUGAGUGCAGGGUUGUUCCAGUUUCUGACCAUGCUUCAAUGGUCAUAUAUUUGGGUGGUUAGAAGG